AUGUUAUUCUACAUCUUAUCUGCCAUACUCUGCGCAAUAUAUUUACUCCCCCUCCGUGAGUGAACAAAACCAUUAGAAAAAUCGCCAUUUUUUGCCCAAAAACCCACCCUCCGCGAGUGAACAAAAAAUUUUUAAUAGAAAUUUUUUUUUAUGAAAAAAAGUUUAUAUAUAAGUGAUAAUUAGUAUAAUGAAAUCUCGAACUAAUUCUGUUUAAUUCUAAACAAACUACGUUUAAAGCAUAAAUUUUAUAAAUUAAAUUAAUAUUUGCUUCCCAAGUUUUAUAAAAUUUAGAAAACAAUUUUUGUAUAAAUUUUUUUAAAAAAAAAUUUAACCCCCUCCGUGAGUGAACAAAAUUUUUUUUGUUCACUCACAGUCGGGGGGAAAUUUAGCAAUUUGGUUUCUUUUACUUUACAGAUCCAAAAAGCCCCAAAUCCGAAGUAGAUCUCCCACCUUGCUGUACAUUUCUCAUCUAGCAAACUUAAUAGAGGUCAUCCUGAUCCUCCCUACAGCUACUUCUUUACAAGAUGGAGAAGACUCGAAUAAGGUCGAUGACAACUUGUGGAAGUUAAGGCAAUGCGGCUUAGUCUUAGCCCAUUAUCUUGUAUAUCUUCCUUACAUUUUACGCUGCUUUAGGUUGUAUUAUCUGUUUAAACUUGACAAUAUUAAUGACCCAAAUGAAGCUUAUAAAAAGAAUUUGAAUAAAAUUAAAAGAAAAUGACUGCUGAAAUGACUGUUUAUAGGGAUGAUACCUGUUUUGAUUUUGUGCAUUGUAUUGCUAGCUUAUAACUCAGCUGUGCAUUUUCUGCCUAUUGCAGAUGAGCAUGAUAGUGGAACUCAGGAGGCAGUAGCAGGGGGAAUAUACGUUUUGGUUUGUUUUAUUGAGCAGCUGGUACUGAUAAUGAUGGUUUUUUCAAUCAGAAAUAUUAAUGAUGAUUUUAAUAUGACGAGUGAGCUGAUUUUUGUAGCGGUUUUAUGGCAAAUUACUCCGAUGUCUUCGAUUUUUGCACAGAGUGAUGGUGGAAGAUGGCUGGUGCCAACAAUUUUUAGAGAUGUUGCGAUUAUGAUUAGAUCUUCUAUAAUCCCUAUUAUUCUUACCUACACCACCUCCGAAACCAACGCUUUAACAACUCUGACUCUCGAAAUGCUCGAUUCCCUAGACCUUAUUUUACAAAAUGACGAGUGCUUCCAAAAAUUCUAUGCCUUCUUAGUAAAAGAAGACAGACAAUCCACAGUUUCUCGUGACAUAAAAUUCAAAGGUGAAGACUUGCUUCAAUUUUACAUAAAAUGUGUCAUUUGUUUACAUGAGCAAGAACAAAGGCACAAUUAUGAUGAACUGCAAAGUUUCUUUGACAAGCAUGGGGAUUUUAUUGUUGAAGAAAUUACAGACAGCUUCGCAAUCAACCAAAAUUUAGAUAUGGGAUUUUCCCAUUGAUGGCGCUAUUUUGACCUUGAUUUUCCCACUGGGACAAUUUUUUGGUUUGACCAAAUCAUAUGGUACUUAUCGAACCAAAAUUUUCCCCAGUGGGAAAAUCAAGGCCAAAACAGCACUAUCCACAGGAAAUUGCAAUAUCUCCACCGUAAUUAAAGCAAAAAACGCAGCUUUCAAUAAGUUGCAGCUUGAUUAUUACCCUAAAUUCAAAGACUCUACAGAGUAUAAUAUUUUAACCAAAAUGGUCGUGGAGCAGCAAAUUUAUAUGUCAAGAGCCACAGACACUUCUUUGCUUUGUAUUGGCGAAAGAUCGGAAAGCGAUUUUAAAGCGUAUAUGGAAGGAUUAUUAAAUGAGACUAGAUUAAAAUAA